CUUGUGUCCAUGUCCUCAAUCUCUCUCUGAAAAAACACAAAUUAAAUUAAAAUCAAAAUCCAAAUCCAAACAGAAAAAAAUGGACUCGUUCGAAUCAAACAUGAACAACAUUGUCGAAGAUCACCAGAUUACUGCCGGUAACAGCCACGUCACCAGCGCCGAUCACGGCUGGCAGAAGGUCGUCUACCCCAAGCGCCAACGGAAGCAGCAGAAACCGGCGGAAUCCGUCGCCGGUGUAGGUAAAGUCAACGGAACGGACAAGGCGAACGUGUUUAAAUCGCUGGAACAGCAAUCGGAGGAGCGACGACGGAGAAUCGUUGAAUCUCAAUUAGCUGCGAAUGCCGAUGAAGAAGAUGCGCCGGUGAGAUCGAAACAACGCCGAUCUGAUGACGACGACGAUGAGGACGAUAGUGACGAUGCGGAAGGUGCUAAGGGAACUGAGAAGGGCGAAGAGAAGAAAAUUAAGCAAAAGAAGCCGAAGAAACCUAAGGUGACCGUGGCGGAAGCCGCCGCGAAAAUUGAUGCGUCAGAUCUCGAAGCGUUUGGCGCUGAAAUAUCGGGAUCGUAUGAAGGACAACAGGACAUAAUGUUGAUGAGAUUUGCGGAUUAUUUCGGGAGAGCGUUUGCUGGUGUUAGCUCUGCUCAGUUUCCUUGGGUUAAAAUGUUCAGGGAGAACUCUGUGGCUAAAAUGGCUGAUGUUCCCCUGUCUCACAUUUCUGAUUCUGUUUAUAAAACAUCAAUCGACUGGAUUAAUCAACGCACAAUUGAGGCGCUUGGUUCCUUUGUGUUAUGGUCUCUAGAUUGCAUCCUCCAGGACUUGGCAAGCCAACAAUCUGGCUCUAAGGUUUCUAAAAAGGGUGUGCAACAUGUAUCAUCAAAAUCUCAGGUUGGUAUGUUUGUGGUCCUAGCAAUGGUGUUGAGACGAAAGCCUGAUGCUUUAGUUAAUGUAUUGCCGACACUAAGGGAAAGUUCAAAGUACCAAGGACAAGACAAGCUUCCACUUGUUGCAUGGAUGAUAGCGCAGGCCUCUCAAGGAGAUUUGGCUGUUGGGCUGCACGCAUGGGCUCACAACCUCCUGCCUUUAGUGAGUGGCAAAAGUUCGAAUCCACAGUCCAGGGAUAUAAUUUUGCAGCUUGUAGAAAAAAUUUUGUCUUCCCCUAAGGCCCGGACAAUUCUGGUGAGUGGUGCUGUUAGAAAGGGAGAGCGCUUGGUGCCACCUUUUGCACUUGAGACACUAUUGCGAGUGACAUUUCCUGCAUCUUCAGCUAGAGUAAAGGCUACUGAGAGGUUCGAGGCAAUAUAUCCCACCUUAAAAGAGGUGGCGCUUGCUGGUUCCACUGGAAGCAAAGCAAUGAAACAAGUAUCACUGCAGAUACUGAGUUUUGGUCUUAAAGCAGCAGGAGAAAGUAAUCCAGAGCUAUCAAAGGAAACAGCUGGCAUUUGCAUCUGGUGCUUAACACAGAAUGCUGAAUGCUACAAGCAUUGGGAUAAGGUGUACCAGGAGAAUCUAGAAGCUAGCAUCGCUAUUUUGAGGAAACUCUCAGAGGAUUGGAAGGAGCUCUCAGUAAAACUCUCACCUCUUGAUCCUCUUCGAGAAACUCUUAAGAGCUUUAGGCAGAAGAAUGAGAAAGCAAUGGCAAGCGGAGAAGAUGCUAAAAAACACGCACUCUACCGGGAUGCCGACAAGUUUUGCAAAUCGGUAUUGGGGAAGCUAUCCCGCGGCAAUUAUUGCAUGAAAAUGGUUGUAGUCGUUGCUGCGGUGGCUAUUGGUGCUGCCGUCGUCUCUCCCAACGUGGAGUCGUUGGAUUGGAAAAAGUUGUCGGUAUUUGUUAACUCCCAAUUCUCUUACUGAAUGGGGCUGUGUUAUGCAAAUCAACAACUUUGAUGCAAAGCAUCAACUUUGUUUUCUUCAAUUUUGUACUUCUAAUUUAUGACUAAGAGAAAGGUUAAAGUUUUCAGCAUAAUGUUUAGGCUCUUUAUUUACAUACCAUAUGAUAGGAUGUUACGUUUAUGAGGAAAAGGAAUAAGCCUUUUGGUGGGCAAUUUUUAUUUA